AUGCCAUCUACGCCGCCCAACCGCCAUGGUGCUUCCUCUCCGCUACAUGGGGGCGGUCUUCGACGGUCUCAGUUUACGUACCGCCAACUCUCGCAGCUAGCCUCGUCUAGCACGUCGAAUCCCCUGCGUGUAGUCGCGCACGUCGACUUGGAUGGUUUCUACGCCCAGUGCGAGAUGGUACGGCUCGGAGUUCCCAAGGACAAACCGCUUGCCGUUCAGCAAUGGCAGGCCCUGAUUGCCGUCAACUAUCCCGCUCGCGAAUGGGGCAUUGGGCGCCAUUGUACCAUUACAGAGGCAACGAAAUUAUGCCCCGAUCUCAUUGCCCCUCAUGUUGCAACAUGGAGAGAAGGCGACGACAAGUGGGCCUACCGAGACGAUGCCGAUGCGAACAUUUCCACCGACAAGGUUUCUCUUGACCCUUAUCGGCUAGAAUCACGAAAGAUUUUGGCUUUGGUAAAGGAUUCUCUGCCGGCCGACCUGCAGAGGGUGGAGAAAGCAGGAAUAGACGAGGUCUUCCUGGAAUUAUCCAGCCAAGUUCACUCCAUCCUACUUGAACGAUAUCCCGAACUGAAGAACCCGCCGCCGUAUGAUGACCCAACCGAGAGGCUUCCACUCCCGCCCGUCUCCGCACUGGAUUGGCAGGCAGAUGCUCUGAUUGACUUAAAUGAGGAGCAAGAGACCAUCGACCCCGACUGGGAUGAUGUGGCCAUACUCAUUGGAUCCGAGAUCGUUCGCGACGUUCGAGCAAGGGUUUGGAAGGAGUUGGAUUACACUUGCUCCGCAGGGAUAGCAAGUAACAAGCUUCUGAGCAAGCUGGGCUCCGCAUUCAAGAAGCCCAACCAGCAGACAGUUGUACGCAACCGAGCUGUGCACUCGUUCAUGAGUGGAUUCAAAAUCACCAAACUACGGAACCUGGGCGGCAAGCUCGGCGAUCAGGUAGUCACUACGUUUGAGACGCAGAAUGUCAAGGACCUGCUUGAGGUUCCCUUGGACACGAUAAAAGCGAAACUUGGCAAUGACACUGGCCUGUGGGUCUACAAUACCAUCAGAGGUAUCGACAAUAGCGAAGUCAACUCUCGGACUCAAAUCAAAUCCAUGUUGUCUGCAAAAUCUUUCAGGCCCACGAUCAGCACCCCAGACCAGGCCAUCCGGUGGCUCAGAAUCUUUGUAGCUGACAUAUAUGCUCGAUUGGUUGAGGAAGGCGUCCUGGAGAACAAGCGGCGGCCCCGAACCAUCAAUCUGCACCAUCGCCAUGGAGGCCAGACGCGAUCCCGACAGGGACCUAUCCCACAGGGAAAGUCUUUGGACGAGCAGACCCUUUUGGAUCUUGCCAAGGACCUGCUCGCCCAAAUCAUAAGCGAAGGAAGAGUUUGGCCUUGUGCAAACCUCAGUCUCAGUGUCGGGGGUUUCGAGGAUGGAGUCAAGGGAAACAUGGGCAUCGAUGGGUUCCUUGUCAAAGGUGAGGAAGCCGAGGCUCUCCGGGCGACGACGGGGGGGAGCCGUCCAGCGUCUACUGAACCCGACCGACCAGUCAAGAAACGCCGAGUGGGGGACGGGGGAAUACACCGGUUCUUUGCGAAAAAGAACUCCGCUGAUGGAAGCCCGGUCGAUGCAGCUGAGUCUAGUGCCGGCGGUGAGACUGACCUCCCCUCUCGUCCGCUCGGGAUACCGAACUUGGGUCCAACCGUCGACCUCCUUGCCUGUUCUCGCUGCAAGGCCGGCUUUAUUGACCCAGACGCGCUGCAGAGCCAUGAGGACUGGCAUCUAGCCAAAGAUAUCCAAGACGCAGAACGUGUCAAGCCUGUAUUCGCUGAACGGCCACCAACCCCACGCAACUCGUCGCAUAAGGGGCAGGGUGCAUCGUCGAAACGCGGCAGAGGCGGGAAGCUAGAGCAAGGACAAAGCCGUCUCCGGUUUGGAUAA